AGUGGGUAUGCCCCCGCAGGUGAAACACUCGCACUUGGAUGGAUUAAUCUCCAGGCCUACAAGUUUAAAUUUAGAAUCACCGUCAUAUAUCUUAAAAACUAUUUGUCUUGUGACACACCCCUUGAGACUGUCUACCCACUGUUUCUAUAUAUGACAGCUAUACAUCCUUUCAGCAAUUACUUUUAGAAUGCUGUUGUUGUCCCUCAAUCGCCUCUGCAUCGACGCGUACUUUUUGCGCAUUAGGGCGUGAAAACCAUCGACGCGAGCGCCUGCGAACAUACCUGAGGCGCUGCAUCUACGGGGCAGUCGCAUCAGCAUUCUAAAAGCAUUGUUGUACAUUGUAUAUUGACAUUUGUAUAUAUUCCUUUUUAAUUUGUAUUUCUAAUUUUAUUGUGUACCUAUUGUAUAUUUUGACAUGUGUUUUUGACAUUAAAGAUAUUGAAUUGAAUUGUAGAGGACACGCAGUUGAUGGCUGCCUCCCCGGUGUGGAACUUCUCUGCGGACGCCUUGACCUCUAUAACUCCGCCACCUCCAUUGAGAGUCUAUUCAACUUCCCUGUUAAGUCGUCAUCCUUUGGUCGCUGUUUACUGGAAAUUAUUUCUGUGACUUCCAAUGGACGCGUGGCAUCCAUGACCUUGUAUAAUGUUUCCACAACGUCCAAAAUUUCGAAAAGCAGUCCUUGAAUGUACUGUGAUGCUGGCGAGCGCGGUAGUAUCCCCCAAGUCCCUACUGGGGCCUGGUAACGGCUGCGGGCUCACUGGUACGACCGGUGUUGGAACCGCAUUUUCUGGUGUUCCAGCUGCAGGAAUCGUACUCGCCGCACCCUGCGCCGGGGCUGGCGCAGGUCCUGGCGCGACGACGAGUUUUAUACCCUUUGUCAUUUUCACUACACUAACACUACUUCACUAUCUUAAAAGUUGACAAAAUGUUCUUUAAUGGGGUCACCAAUGUACGUACCCUUGUAGUGGUACGUAUAUAAAUAACUAAUUCAAGGUUGCAGAUUGAAGGUUGCUAAUAACUAUAGUCUGAGAAUGUAUAAUAGAAACACGUGCAGGAAGUUACGGACUAAUUUAUUGACUGAAGCAUCGCGGGCGCAGCCGCGGUUAUAUUAAGUUAUACAGAGUUGUCUGCCAAAUUCUUGGCAGAAAUGUCAAGUAAAUAGGAUAGCGAUAAAGCUAUUUGUCUUUUGUAAUAAUUUGAAAGGCAACACUUACCUUUACUCAAAAACACCAUAGGCAUAUGGUAUUUACUAACAAAUUUGUUAGUGUCAAUUAUGCUAAACUUAGGUACUAAUAUUGUAUAGAGAUAUAUGUACAAAGAUUGUAUAGAGAUAUAUUUAACUUAUGUCUAGUAUUGUUUUCUGCCUCUGACAUUUGCUCACAAUAGGGGAAUGUGAAAAAAAUAAUUUCAUGCACCGCAAGUGAGUUUAACUGUUCAAAGUAUUUAAUUAAAUUAUUGCGACCAAUUACACCAUGCCUUCUAUUGUGAUAGGAGCUUUUACACAUUUUUUAAAACAAGUAAUGAUAUUUAGUUUUCUUUAUAGGAGGAGGUAGGUCAUUCCAGCAUUUCGAUGUUGCGAAACGAAAACUGCCCUUAAAUGAAAUCAAUCUGUGUAUGCGUGGAACGCCUAUUGCCUUAACAAUUUGUCGUAUAAAUACUUUGGAUGUCCACUAUACUUAAUGUUAAACAUUAGUGUUACUAGUUUGAGUUUGCGCCUGUUGAGUAUAUUAUAUGUAUUUCGGUAAUGAGUUAUAUGCGUAUUUUGUCAAUAUUAAAACAAUAGCGUACUAGCUAGCUGUACCUAUUAUGUGUUUGCCGUUCUUUAUUAAUAGUUACGCCGCUUGGUUAUUCCGUUAUUCUGAUAAACACAACUCUUGCUAGAAGUUGUUCUAAAGAGUGCCAAUCACUCCAACACAAGCCCUUGUCACUGAAGUGACACACAUGGAGUUUACUGACUUGGUAUUAUUUUUACACCUGCAAACAUGGCAAUCUCGUCGUGUCUUCCUAGUGGGAAUACGAGGCACAUACACUACGUCCCUCCUCAGCCGCAUAUCGUCCGGAAUCGGAAUAGCUGAUAUUUGUCGGGCGAGUGAUGGGCGAUGUGCCACUAUCAAUGAAUUGUAUACAACACUUUGUGGCCUUUGAAAACCUCGUUUUGUAAUUUGUAACAAGUGUUUUGGUUUUAAUAAGCUAUGGACUAUCGGUGAUACUCAGGGUUCGUGGGUCUGACGCUCUAUUAUCACACUACACGUCUGUGUUAUUCCUAAAAAAAUCUAUUUACCAACUGAAUUAAUUUUUAGAGAGAAAUAGUGAAUAGUAUUGGGCGGCCAGCACGCUAUAGAGCGUACAAAAUAGGUAAAACUAAGAUGAGGGAGAGAAAACUAUUGUUUAAGCUCGAGACACAGUUUAUAAUAUUAAUGCUCUGCACAAAGAAAACAACACUACAGUAAGGCAAUACAGAAGAUAAUUAGGGCGAGCGAAGCGAGCCCUAUCACUAUUCGAUAAACUAUGCAUUCUUGUGGUACACUUUACGGAAAAACUAUCCCACUGUUAGGUUUGAAAUUUAACAUAGUAAUUUAAAUUCAUGUCUAGAUGUGUUAUCAAACAUAAAAAUAUAAUUUUAUAAACCUAAAAAAAUAAAAUGAAGGAAUAACACUUUGUAUUACUACUAGCGCCAUCCUCAUGGUUCAAAAGUUAGGGGAAAUAAAGGGUAAAACACAACUUUUUUUCUUUCAGAUCGAUUAUUUCCGUAAAUAUUAAGUUGAUCAUAAAAUGGUUCUUGAAAACCCGUAUUCGUUUUAAAAGACCUAUCCAACGACACCCCACACUAUAGGGUGGAAGCGAAAAAAAAUUUCAUCCCCACUUUAAUGUAGGGCAGCCACCAUAAAAAAAUAUUUUUUGUCCAUCUUGUUGCGCAAUCAAUAAUAGGUCCUUUCAAAUGUGCUAUUUUCAACAGAUUCCUGUUUGUAGGAAUACGCAGAAUCUUUACAAUCUUCCUGGCUAAGUCUAAAGUUACUUGGAUCUCAACAUUUUCAUUGAUAGCGUCUUUAAUGGCUAACUGUAGAGUGCGCGCUGCGCAUAACAUACCCCUCACGUUGUAAGUGUCAUUACUAACAGCAUUUUGUAGCAACGUCAACUCGAAAUUUGCAGAUUCUUCUGAUACUUCAUUCGGUUCAUCAUCUCCUUCAUCGCUAGACAUAUCAGUAUUAUCUGCAGAAGUAGUGUCUUCAAAUACGUCUUCGGAACAAUAAGUACCCUUUAAUAACUUUACCAUUUUUUUCAUAUUGGACCCGUUGUCAGUUGUCAAAGAGUAAAUUUGAUCAGUCGAAAUAUAGAACUCGGCUAGUAUUUCUAACAGUUUUUCUUUUAAAAACUCGGCCGUUUAACACUGAAAAAUUUCUGCUACUGCUAAAUUUCUGACUAUAAUCUUAUCGUUAUUCAGAUAUUGAAUAGUAACUCCGAAGAAUUUUCGUUCAGAGCAUGUAGCUGAAUCUACUUUUAGGCUGAUCAGUUUUUCACGAAUUAUAUGCUAAAAGGGCUUCCCUUACAUAUAAGGGUAACCCUUAUAAGCCAUAUGCGGAGCGGAUGAUAAGGGUUUUGUAAGGGUUUCGUCUGGCAAAGGGUAUGGUGAGUUAAGCCUUAUGCAAAAGCCUUAUAAAACCCUCUAUAAGGGAUAGCGGGCCGGUCCCUGCCUCGCGCACGAGUGUGAGCGGGCUUUAGCUGGGUUAUAGUUAUAACCGCGAACACCGAAGUUCGGAAAUUAUCUUUGUCAUUCUCAUUACGCCUUAAGGCAUCGACGGGAUGAUCAAAUCGACCGAAAGAAAUUGGCGUCAAUCUUAUCUUGCACCCAUCCCAUUUAUGGUGACAUUAAAGCGCUCUAAAGGGGAGUUUCCGAACGGUCGUCAAGCUGUCAAAUCAUCGUGUUGAAAUCUCAAAUCAGUUAUUAUACGAUUUAUACGUGGAAUUUAUAGUUUAAAGUGUAAAAUUUUUAUAAAUAACGAUUAACAGUAAUUUACAUUACAGUUUGUACUUACCGGCCUUUGUUGAAGCCGAAGUGACAAGUAACAGACGAUUAUUAAUUAUCUCCUUGCUCAUCCUCAUACAUAUUUUUAUUAAAUAAUGACAGCAUUUGGUGACCUGGUGAGCAAAACAGGAAAUUUUACUGUAUAGCUAGCCUCUUGGAAUGCAUAAUAUAAUUCCAGUCAGGGAUUUUGUGCUCAGUGAGUUUCUGUGUUUAGUUUUAUUUAGAUUGAUGGUAGAAAAAACCCGUUCCACUGCAGUACUUGAGAGUGGUAAAACCAUGAGAUAGUUCAUAAACUUGCACAUGGUCGGAAAUGCUUCCACAUCCCCUAUUUUUUUGUUUUCCAACGGAUGCCCAAAAUCUAGGGACAUCGGCUUCAUCGAUGUUUAUACCAGUGGUGUUUCUGAGCAAACGCCACUGGUCAUCCAAUUCCUGUAAUUUUGAUUGGUCAAAUAUAUUUGGGAACAGCAUUGCUACUAUUGCCACUAGGUGCCAGGGAGUUAUGUUUUUUCUUUGAUAAUUUUAGAAUCUAACACUUCUAUUUGUUUAAGAAGUGGGCUAGCAAAUCGGAAACGUCGAUAUAUUUGGCUAACUCCUUCAAUAUAGAAACCCAGAAUUUUUAAUGUUUUGAUAUCAUUGUUUGGAUAUUUUUUUUCUCUAAUUGCAGCUUUUACUUUUGCUCACAUAUGUUAUAUCCUUGAUGUCUAAAUAAUGACCUGGGUUUCUGUAGUUCACUGCUUGUAUGUCAGUAAUAACAGGUCAUAUUUUUCCUUUGGGACAACUGUUCGGUUAAAAGGGUAUAUAUCUAUACUUCCUUUUUUAAAUCCACUUUCUACCUUUGGUGUCAUUUGGCGUCAAGCAUCUGCAAACAAAUCAGCAUUUUUUUGUUUUUGAAUUUUCGUGCUUACAUUUUGUCGUUGCCAGUCAACAAGCUUCAUGUCCCACGUGUGUUUAAACGAUUUAAAAACUGCCAGGUCCAGCGGCUGCAAUAAGUGGGAUGUGUGUGCCGGCAAUUUCAAAAUAGUUAUCAUUCUUAAUGGCUAAUACUUAUUACAACCCUUUCGUCGAGGUGAGUUGUAUGACUAUCAUAAAUAAUUAGUACAGGUCUUUCAUGACCCAAACUUGGAAUCAUUAUAUUUGACAUAUAAUUGUAAAAAGUUUGUGUCAAUCCAGCGGCGUUUAGUUGCAGCAUAGGCAAGUUCGAAAUCAUACUCCGGUUUAGGUUUUGCUAUCCACUGCUCAUACUUAUUCAUGCCUUUAUAUAUUAGCAACGGAUUUAUUUUUUUACCAACUGCAUUUACGGCUGCCAAAACCGUAAUAUUCUCUCUGCCACUGCCAGCCAUUGUUCUUACGCAAGGCGCACCAACUGCACCAACUACUUUGGCUUUGGUCGGAUCUAAACAUACAGAUGUUUCGUCAAGAUUCCAAAUCCUGUGAGGGUCAUCAAGUUUUAACUUCUUUAGUGUCUUCCAAUAGUGAAAAAUACUCGUUAAAAAGGGUCUGUACAUUUUUUGCGUAGAUUCCACCUAUUGAGGUUUUUUACUGGAUAAGCCAUGCCGUUUUCGAAACCCAGUGAACCAAUCAUCCAAAUAAAAAAAAAGAAAUACAUAAUUUACCUCUAGGUUAGGAAUUAUCCGCAUUAGCUAAAAAAAACAUACCUUACAGCAGAUUUCACAAGAGGAUUUACAUACAUACAUACAAGAGAGCGCCACUCUGCCCUAUUCUACGCCACUUCGCGCCAGUUGGGUAUUCCGAGGGCGGACAGGUCUUUUUCGGCUUCGUCACUCCAGCGGUAUCUGGGACGCCUUGACAGACGUUUUCCGCUGCAAAGCUCGAUACGCUGGAAAUUCAGAGGAGUCCAUCGAAGGUUUUAUUGACGCCAUUGAAGCCUACAAAAAGAUUGUGCAAAUAUCUCGGAUGGCGUAUUCGAGGGUUAUCUAUGCUUGUUACGGACACCCAGCGACUAACUUUAGUACCUACAUACCUAAUAAGCUUGAAUUUUAUUAUAUAGAAUCGUAGACAUAGUUUAAGAAGUAGUUAGGCUAGAAUAGGGCAUUAAAUAGGUAGUGUCCGACCGAAAGUUCGGUUUCGGUUUCGGCCAGUUUCGGCCAAAAAUUCAUGUUUCGGCUGUAGUUUCGGUUUCGGCCAAAAAACGGCCGAACCUUUCGGCCGGGCCGAAACUUACGAAAUGGUACUUCGGACAAAGACCAAAAGUUGGGGAAUAAGUAGGACAACAAUAUUAAUACAUAUCUACAUAUACUGAUUCAUGUAUAGGUACAGAAAUUAAUUGGUUUAUUAUAAAACACAAUUUCACUAAUGAGAGCGCCACUGGACGGUCGACGCAGUCUUAAGAGGCUGUCAAUACUUAUAACGCGCACACUGUCUAAUUGUAUCGGAGUGAAUGAGAUAGCACUGUCGCACGUAGCCGUUGGCCGAGUAUCAGCUCGGCCCGAGUCGAACGAUGUCUUUUUCGCUCUUAUUCACUCACUUAUUCAGUCAUUUUCCUAUCUACCUCUAAUGGCAAAUUUUAAGCGAGGCUAAAGGCUACGCUCAACUAGGGCCGCAAAGUUGAUUUUCUCAAUAGUUAAUAUUUUGCGAAGCUGAACAGCUGACUAUUGAUUAAAACGAAGAAAAAACCCUUAAAAGUGUCCCCAGUACAGUUUUUCAUACGAAUGCUCGACCUUAGCCUCACUUUUUACCUCAAUUUACCAUUGGUUUGUGUUCCACAUGUCCUCUACUUCAGCUUAGCCUUUGGCCUCGCUGCGCCAUGCUCGGCCUGCGGUCUCGCUUUUUAAUACAAUGGACAUUGGUUGGAGUCUGUGCUUAACUACUUAUCCUGAAGCCUGAAGCACGGCUUUGACUUCGCAUGAAAGUUCGCCUCACUGGGGCACUUCGGACUUUUAGGCCCAGGUGUAGAUCGGUACCCGGCCUUGCGAUAUUGUUAACAAAAAAUUUCGCGCUCGCUGCGCUCGCGUUUUAGGUUGCUGUUUUGGUUGACCCUGUAUCUACUUGUUAGCUUGACUGGUGAAUGAAUAGAGUUAGACCAAGAAGAUUCUGCAAUGAUUUUGAUAGCAUACGCAGUGCUACUAGUGCAAAUGUUAUUUAUACGUCAUCAUUUCAUAGAAGUUUUGACGUUUAAAGUAACACUUGCACUGCAUGUCUUAUCAAAAUCGUUGCAGAAUUAUCUUGGUCUAACUCUAGUAAUUUUCUUAAAAAACUGCUUAAGUAACAUCAAUUUCAAGGACAUUGGGUGUUGACAGCCCAUAAUAUGUGUGUAAAAGCGGUUUUAUGAGAUUUUUUCAACGAUUUUAACAAGUCUACAAAAGUUUCGGUUUCGGUUUCGGCCGAAACUAGAGCCAAAGCCGAACAUUCGGUUUCGGUUUCGGUUUCGGCAAAAAAACAUGUUUCGGUCGGACACUAUAAAUAGGUUUAUAACGCAAGGUCAUUGCGAGUGCGAAGCGGCAGGGAAUCGUUUCGUCCUUGGCGCGUGGAAAGAGACAGCGCCAUACUACCGAUAUGUUGCUGUCGCUUUCUUCAAUAAUAAGGCUUUUAAUCAAUAGGAAAAUGUUAUACAUUUUUGUGGAAUAACAUAUUUAAUGCCCUAAGUGUACAUUAAACUUUCUAAAAUAUUGUAUAGUCUAAGUACCUACUACUUAUUAACAAAAAACGCAUUUUAUGUCAUUUAAAAUCAUUUGCGGCUAAAUCAGCUUUACUAUUAUAUAAAUACUUAGUAUUCCACAACUUUUAGUACAAUAAUUGUUAGGUACAGGUUUAUAGAUGAAUAAUUAAUCACAUUAAAACAAUGCAUUAGCCACUGUUGAAUUUGCUGGACCUUAUGUCCGUGUAAUAGGGUAUACUGUAUUAGUAGCUAGAGAAACCGCGCGUACUUUGUGAUCUAGUUUCCAGAACCUUCGUCAUGAAAGAGAUAGGAGAUAUAUAUGUUAGAGUAGUAAGGCUGCUCCUGCGCAGCCAACCCGGUUCGUUGGAACAUUCUAGAAGUCCACCGGAAAUAGAUAUCUAUUGGCUAAUUUUUCCCCAAAUUUUUCCACCCAUAUGGGAUCAAAAUUGCAUACUCGUAUUUAUACUCGACGCGCCGCUCGGGCCGCCAGUGCGUCUUUACCGGUUAGCAAGUAAAUAUUAACUUCGAGGUUACUCUGUUCGGAAAGUUCUGGAUCCUAGUUUCAUUCUAGAUUUUUCAGUGUUUAAGUAGAUUUAAUAAUUUGCGUAUAGCCUUAGUGCGGUAUAAACAGACUGUUGUGUAAAAUUAACCUUUCAAUGACCAUUAUAGACUUUAAUAAUUCGAGUUGUGUUUUCAUUAGUAUCCCAGAACAUAGUAGGCUAGGUCUUCGUGGGUGCACACUAGAUUUGCAGCCGGUAAAAGUAUUAACAGGUCGAUACUGAAGAGCACUCGACUGUAGUCUAUUCGAAGUUUAGGUUCGCAUGUAGGCCUACGGGGUUCCGGCCCCGUGCAUCGUCUACAAUGCUAUUAAAGCAUUCAGCCGCAGAUUGGUGGCAGGGCAUAAAACCUGAGACAACUUCAUGGCCGAAGUAAUUGACAGCUUGCGCCAUGUCGCGAACUACCCCCAUGCGUGUGUAUGAAUAUAUUACUUUAUAUCACUAAUAGGACUGCGAUAACACACACGCAUGGAGGCGUCGCGAUACCAAAUAAACCAGUGCCUGGGUUCCUGUAUAUAUGUGACUCUCUAAAUCCUUACCUUGUUCAUUGCUGAUUAUGAUGCAAUCGCAGUCUAGGUGCUUCGCUUAUUAGAGGUUCUCGUCGUUACCUCGGAGCUACCGUCCGACAUCUGGGGGUUAAAUAGUUUAACUACACAGUCAAUAAGUACGGUUAGUAUGAUAUGGUAAGAGACAUAUGGUCAUUAGUUAAUGUCUGUCAGUAACGUCAAGGAGACUCUGCAUGGUUACAUGGUCAGUAAGUCCGUAAUGUCCCAGAGAUCAUACUCCUCCCACAAAUCACCGGCACCACAACCACAGGGGUGCCGUCAAACAUACGCCUGCCACAGGCACUUCGACACCGCGACCACGGGGGUGUCGACACAUCAGCCUCGUCAGGCUCCAGGCUAAACACCGUACAGGUUGCCGUCAGGCACUAGCUCACGGGCACCACACCCACAGGGGUGCCCUUCUCCACUCUCCAAUAACACAUGGGCCUCACAACCACUGGGAGGCCCUCUCCUCUGCCUUCUAUAACCAAGUCCACCGUACCUCACGUACGGUGGUGAUCUCCCUCGUAACUCUAGCCAGGUAGUGGACACAUCAAAUACAUCAACGAUCAAUAGUUACGGGGACAAACAUUCAUAGAGGGCACAGACCAAGGGUCUUUAGUAUUAGGCUAAGGGACCACGAGAUAAGACUGAAUAGUUACGUUAUGAGUACAAGUUACACUGUCAUGGUAUAGCAAGAGACUUACGAGAAAUGGAGAAUACACAGUUACAAUACAAUGAAUAGAUAUCAAAGCAAGCGUACCUAUAUCAAACUAACAAUACUUAACUUAUAAUAGAUGAACCAGUCGCCGGCUACAACCAAUCGGCACGUGGUCUUCACGUAUACACUUGUUCACACUACUGACUGUUCACCAUGGCCGCAGAGGGCAAAAUGGACGAGCGACCGGACGCGCCGGAAACUCUGAAGCACUUUACUACCCACUUUUACAACAGUAAAUAAAAACUAAGCCAAUAUCGUUGGCGGGGCGGACGAGAAAAACUAUUUGACAGGUUAGCUUCGAUGACAGAUGACAGACGUCAUUUAGGGCGCGUUCAGAUGUAGUUAAUAUCUGCACCUCUAGCACAACUGGCCGCGACAGGCGCGAGAACAGACAGAUCGGCGCGACUUGGCGGCUUGUCGCGUGUUGGCAGCACAACUCACGCGCGAGAGCCGCGACAAACUCGCGAUCAGGUGUCACUGUCAGAAAAUGACACAGAUCGCGACUUUGAACUAAAAACCGUAGCACAACUACCUUAUUUGUAGACAAAAUGUUCUCUCGUGUUUACGUCAAACCGCGAGUCAAAGUCUACGCGACUUGAGAGCGCGACUUGGGUGAUUGGGACAUUUUUGUGUAAAAAAGAAAUUCAGAAAUCUCUUCAAAAGGUAAGUUAAAAUAUAGUUUAUUUACGAGAAUGCUAUUUAAUUGCCUACUCCGUAUAUAACAAGUACAAUAUAACAAAUAACCAUCACAACAUUUUCAGAAUGGCUUUGUUCUUUAUGUUAAGUAUAUGAAGAAAAACGAGCCCGACAAAUUCAGCGGGCUCGUCUAAGGGAUUUAGCCAACCCCUUCGAGCUCCCGGAACAAGAAUUCUUCCAUAACUACAGAAUGAAUAAGCCUAUGGCUUUAUACUUGUGCCGGGAGUUGGAAGGUGCGUUGGCUCCCCGGCAGCAGCAUGGGCUCCCUGUCCAUAUCAAGGUGCUGGUUGCCAUUAAGUUUAUGGCAGGUGGCAGCUACCAGCGGGAGGUCGGACAGGACCACACUUUAUGCGUGGCACAAAGGACAGCCUCCAAAUACCUGAGCCAGGUGGUAGCUGCUGUCAACAGAAGCCUUAAACCGAAAUGGAUAUCCUUCCCGGGUACCGAGGGGGGAAGACGAGACGUCGCGGCAGGUUUUGAACAAAAAUAUGGCUUGCCAGAUUUGUUGGGAACUGUGGACUGCACCCACGUCUCGAUCUUUCCUCCUCCUAGACCGCACGGCCUGCAGUUCAUCAAUCGUAAGGGAAAGCAUACAAUCAACGUGCAAUUGAUUGCUGAUGUAAACUGCAGGUUGCUGCAUGUAAAUGCUCAAUACCCGGGAAAGGUUCAUGACCAGUUCAGUUCACGGAGUGGUUAAAGAUGAGAUGCGACGGCUAUACGACCUGAGAAUCGGGUCGUAUUACCUGCUGGGAGAUUCAGGUUACGGACUGGAGCCAUGGCUUAUGACUCCAGUCCUUAAUGCUGCACCGGAGUCUGCGGAGGAGCGGUACACAGCAUGGCAUUGCCGGGUCCGCAACACCAUCGAGCGGACCAACGGGUACCUGAAAGG